AUGAUGUUCUCUGUUAUAUGUGCCUCAAUUUCAGUUUCAGGCUUUCACCAUUUUCCAUGACUUUCCUCUUAUCAAGAUCAUUAAUUUCUCUCACUCUCGUCAGACCUUCUUGUUCGAUUUCAAUGGCGAAUCCAACGAUGAACGCUAAAGCUCGUCUCAGAGGCGUUGUAUUCGAUAUGGACGGAACCCUGACGGUUCCGGUCAUCGAUUUCGGAGCAAUGUAUAGAGCUGUUCUUGGUGAAGAUGCGUACAAGCGAAUCAAAGCAGAGAGCCCUACUGGAAUUGAUAUCUUGCAUCAUAUUGAGUCUUGGAGUCCUGAUAAACAGCAGAAAGCUUAUGAGAUCAUUGCCGAUUAUGAGAAACAGGGAAUAGAUAAGCUCCAAAUCAUGCCUGGUGCUGCUGAACUAUGUGGCUUUCUUGAUUCCAAAAAGAUAAAGAGGGGGCUGAUUACACGCAAUGUUCAGAAGGCAAUCGAUAUCUUCCAUCAACGUUAUGAGGUUAUCUUUUUUCCAGCACUAGGCAGAGAGUUUCGUCCAUAUAAACCAAACCCAGACCCACUGUUACAUAUAUGUUCUACAUGGGGCAUCCAACCUAAUGAAGUCAUGAUGGUUGGUGACAGCUUAAAAGAUGAUAUCGCAUGUGGGAAACGAGCUGGAGCCUUCACUUGCUUGCUAGAUGAAACUGGAAGGUAUGGACCAGAUGACUUUUCUGUCUCCGGUCUGCAACCUGAUUUUAAGGUUGAUUCCUUGUCCAAAAUUCAGAAUAUAUUGGAGACAAACUUCGACAUGAACCCAUAGUUUUCUUUUCUCCACGUUAUUCAACUUGUAGUCAGUCUCAGUGACCAAAGUAGUUUUCUAGAGUUUAUAAUCACUGGCUAUCUUGAGUUGCACAAUUGUGUCCCUGCGCUGUCAUCUACGGAACGUGUGUGAGUGUAAACACUGUUGUCUGUUAAGUCCAAAAUUUCAGUUUAUUUAUAUGAUCUGAUUUUUAAAAAUUCUACAA